ACACUGCUGUCACAGUGGACAGAUUAAUGAUGGCAGUCUGAUCAAGUGCAUGUGUAUUUUUUGCACAAAUAUGUAAAUCCAUUAUAACAUUGCAUUCAACGUAAAACAAGUGUCGCACAUUGCAGAUAUUGUGGGGGAACAAGUAUCCGCUCGAGAACUACUCAUGUACAGCUACGUCUCGCACAAAUAUUGUACAUAUACACACACACAAACAGAGAGAGAGGAAGAGGGAAAUAAAGUGCACCCUCCAUGCCUCUGUCUGCUGUGUUUCCCCUCCUCCAGCCGAGUCGACUGCAAAACGUGAGCGAUAAAAACAUUCUCGCCCGCUCAUAGGCUCCUGUCUCGUGAUUGGCAGCUCGCUGACCCGCCUCGCCGGUCUCUGUACAUGGAUCGGUCUGCUACGAGAGCCCGAGCAUCAGAGAGUGGAGUGGAAACAGGAAGAGGAGGAGAGGGGAAGAAAGGAGCCAGAGGAGAGAGGAUCGGGUGAGACAAGGUGGCGAGGAGUGAAAGAGAGGAAAAGGGGAGCAGAGGGACGUGUGGACCGAACAGAACAAAGACCAUAAAGGAGGCUGCAUGUAUCACCCGGUCGAGCUGUACUCUGGCCGUAACACAUGGGGCUCCUAUCCUGCUGGAGGACCUAACAGAGGACAAUGGGCUCCUGUAAAUGGUCGCCCCUGGAGCCACACACAAAGAUGCCAAGAAGGCCGCAAUCAGUCACAUCAUCCCCCAUCAAGUCGUCUAUUUAAUAGGGGGGAGAGAACAGUCAGCCAUGUCCAGGACAAGGGUAUCUCUAAGGGUCACAGGCAGCCUCUACGCCUCUGGGAUGGUAAAGAGCGGCCCUUUGAGGCCCAGAACUGGCAUCACAACUCCGCACGCUCAUUCCACAACCGUGCUGGCACCAACAACGGUUAUCUAACAGGACCAGGAGAGCGCCACGGAAACUGGGACAACAAUGUCAGCAACUCUGUGCAUGGGGGUCCUCGCCUGCAUCGCAACAACAGAGAACUCCAGACCCCACCAGAGAGAUGGGCCCCCUCAGACAGGAGCUUUCCAGGCCGAAUGAUGAACAACAAACCAGGACCCUGGAAACGGCCAACCCCCCACCAGCGGCGAGACCAGCUACACCAGCACAGUCCACUUCCACAGCACCCUUUAUCCCCUAGGAAAGAGUGUCCAGCCAAGAGGAGAAGGGACUCUGGCCCCGACCUGCCAUCUCACCCAGGAUCAAGGCAUUUACCUUUACUUGUCCGUGCCCUGUCACCACCUCGCCAUCACCGCUGCAACCAAGAUGACUGGAAGCCUCCUAAUGACAGGGGGGGUCCUUGCCACCUCUCUGACCACAGGACCUCAACAACACAGCAACAGGAAACCUCUAAACUGCGAGCUGGAGGACAUGGCUUCAGUAACAGUAACCUAGCAGGUCUAAACCAGAGUUCUGGCAGCAGACCUACACAUCAUGGAAGCAGAGGGAAGGCAGACCGGAAAAUCUCGUCUUCACCAGCAGACCACACCCGUGUGCCUUACAGCCACCAAAACCAUAAUUACCACUAUCAACGGCACACAGGCCACCCCAGAGCCCUACAGCACAACACAACGCUACACCCUCAUGAGGAAAAGGACUCACGGAGCCAUCACCACAAACAAAGCACAGAACCUCAGCGCACUCAUCAAAGGGGAAAUUCAAGGGAUCCAGCCCUCUCCAAGUCUUUUGGUGCAGACUCUCCCCCCUAUUCAUCCCUCCUGUGCAUUCCUAAAGAUGGAGGCUCUACUGCCAGCAGUCCACGUACCCCUUCCAGUCCGUCUUCAUACACGGUGGCCAGUGGCAGAAAAGAUCCAUCAAUUAUUCAUCAGUGUAGUCCUAGCCUCAGUGGACAGCAGAACCUCCAGGGAAGCCCUAAUCAUGCCCCGAGAGCUUGCCUGACAUCUGCCACAUCACUUACAUCUCACGCCGGUCCAAAAUCCAGACUUUCAGACGUCAAAAACAGAAAGGCCCUCUGCUCACGACUGUCCCCCCACAGCAGAUCAAGGGCAAAAAAGCCUGAGAUGGAGCUGGAAGAACACAAAAAAACUGAUAAGCUGGUGAAAAAGGAGAGAAAGAGUGAAGAAAGAAAAAGGCGGAAGAAAAAGGAGGAAAAAAGGUUGGCAGAGAGAAAAAAGAAGAGGGAUAAAGCAGCAAAGAAGGAAAGAAAGUUAGGCUUGAAAACUAAAGUCACGGAAGAGGAAAUGUUUACUUCCAUCUCUACUUCCAGCUCUUCAGGAGAGGCCAAAUUGAGCGAAAUGGAGACUACAACUCUUUACCCAGAGACCCAGGGCCAGUCACCACCCAAACGCAAGCACAGGGUGAGGAGUGAACGAGCAGGGAGGACACACAGGCCAUCCACAAAUACUCCUCUUCCCAGCUACACUUCACCACUGCCAUCCUCAAAAUCUGAAAGUCACAGGAGUCCCCCACAACUCCCUGUAAAGGAACAGAAACUAAAACAGUUUCUUUCGAAGAACACCAGCCCUAGCCAGACCAGAACCAGACCAAAAGCAAAGCCUGAUGAUACACUCCCCUCCCUUUUAUGUAAAGCCUUAGCCCCUCUCAGUACAGCAUGUUCUGUUAGCUCAGAGCAGCCCAUCCGUGGUCAUGAAGAUGGGCAGGGAGGGGUUCUCAAUGCCCCAGACCUACAGCCUGUGGCCGUGAUGGGAUGUUUGAGGGAAAUGGGAGACAGUCUUGCGAAUACCCCUCCUGUUCUCAGCUGGCAGGGCUCUCCAGUGUCAUCUCUGGGAGAAGAUGAGGAGGAGCUAGAAAGGGGAGUGAUAAGUAGACCUGUCCUCCAGCCCAGCCCCACACAGUGCAUCUCUCCUCUUCCCGUCAACAGUGAGAGCAUUGAUGAUAUGAAUAAGGAGCUUUGUGAAAGUACACUGGCUGAUUAUUCUCACAAUGGCAUGUCUGAAAUCUUUGAUCCACCUUGUAUAAUUGAACCGGUUUCUGAGGAAGAAAAUGAAGAAGAGGUGGACAGCAGCGGGGAAGCUUCUGGCUCUCUCCUUCAUGAGCUUCGCCACCAUGACACAGGUUUGGAUGAUGUCUUCAAGAGCCUGGCCACCUUUCUCGGAGGCCAGAGGAUGACAUGUCGAGGCGGUCCGUUUGGGGGGCCUCCUGCUGGCACCACUAGAGGAGUGAAGUACUCCUCCUCUCUUGCAUUGGGGCCAGAGAUCCACUGUCAUGAGGAUCAGGAUUUUUCCCCCAGAUCAGAUCCCACUGCAUCCUCCAAACCCGGUAAUCAAUCACCUACCUCAGACACACUUCUGAAACCCCAAAGUCUGGAUGCCCUGGUGCAGGAGAAGCAGGAAGCAAUUGAGAAAGACAUAAAUUCGAAACAAGAGAGUAAGGUCAUGGAGAUCCUCACUGAGAGAGCCGAGUCAUCUCUUUUGGAUGGGUCACUGAGUGCAAAGCUGAGACUGACCACAACACAUACAGCCUCUUUCACCAGCCUCAUUACUGUGUCCACCAAGGAAGAGAGAGGAAAGGGCAAAGAGGCCGAACACACAGACGCAGACAGAAAAAGAAUUCAAAAGACCAAGGAUGGAGGAAGAGAAGGGGAGAUCAAGAUUAAGAUAAAGACGAAAGAAAGCAGUGUCACCUGUCCUAAAAACAAAGCAAAAGAAAUAAGGGAUUUGGAAAAAACGGAUGUUUCAUCCUCAGUGCUCAUCAUGUCCAGAAAUUCACCCACACCUCUCACAGAUAUUACUAAGGGCCAGGGUCCUCAGGAAAAUCCAACCCCACAUGGCAAAGACAUCCAGAGAGAAAAAGCAGACACUGGAGACGCUGAGGUAAAGAUAAUAAUAGAGAAGAAGGAAGAUGUUGGUGCGUUAGAACAUAAGAUAUCCUCAGAAGCCACAAACACAAAUACAGAGACCUCAAGCUCAGUGUCACCUUUAACAGUCAAUAAAUCCAAAUUGUGUGCGUCCACAACAGCAAGUAAGCCUCCCUGCUCAUUAGCUCCGGUUGACCCACUAAAACUGAAAGCGUUGUCCAUGGGUUUGUGUAAGGAGCUAAAGAUCCUCUUAAUUAAAAUGGAGAGUGCUGGAAGACAAACAUUCAACAUUUCAGAGGUGGAGGAGCAAAGAAUCCCGCUUUCCACGAUCUGCAUCAAAAACACAGCCACUGAAGUGAUCAAAGCUUGCAAGGGGACCAGAGUGAAGGGACAAUUCAAGGAGUCGUACCUGCUUCCCGCCUUCUCUGUUAAACCUAAUAUUGCCAUUGCAAUCCCCAUUCCUCGAGAAAAGCUUAACCCUCCUACGCCAAGCAUCUAUUUGGAGAGCAAGAGGGAUGCCUUCUCUCCAGUUCUGCUUCAGUUCUGUACGGAUCCCAAAAACGCUGUGACUGUUAUUAGAGGACUUGCUGGCUCCCUCCGCCUUAAUCUUGGUUUGUUCUCCACUAAAUCCUUGGUGGAGGCCAAUGCGGAGCAUGCAGUGGAAGUGAGGACGCAGGUUCAGCAGCCCGCUGAUGAGAAUUGGGAUCCCAGUGGUUCGGCACAGGCGUGGCCCUGUGAAAGCAGCCGCUCACACACCACCAUCGCCAAAUACGCCCAGUACCAGGCCUCCAGCUUCCAGGAGAGCCUGCAGGAGGAGAAGGAGAGUGAGAAUGAAGAGGAAGAAGAGCGGGCCUCAGAGCCACCAGCCAACACAAAAGCUGUUCUGACAUUAGCCAACAGUAAAGCCAGUUCGUCUCCCAUCUUCAGCAAAGCCCCACCUGCCACCGGCACACCCAGCUCGGAGCAGAAAACUGUUGGAAAGAUCAUUAAAUUUGGGACCAAUAUUGAUCUCUCUGACCCUAAAAGGUGGAAGCCCCAGCUGCAGGAGCUGCUCAAGCUGCCAGCUUUCAUGCGUGUGGAAUCCAGCAACAACAUGCUCAGUCACGUCGGUCACACCAUCCUGGGCAUGAACACUGUCCAGCUCUAUAUGAAGGUGCCAGGCAGCCGCACGCCAGGCCAUCAAGAGAACAACAACUUCUGCUCGGUCAACAUAAAUAUCGGGCCUGGGGACUGUGAGUGGUUUGCUGUCCACGAGCACUACUGGGAGGCCAUUAACAAAUUCUGUGAGAAGCACGGAGUAGACUACCUUACAGGAUCCUGGUGGCCAGUUCUGGAAGACCUCUACAGCUCCAACAUUCCUGUGUACCGCUUUAUUCAAAGGCCCGGAGACCUUGUGUGGAUUAAUGCAGGGACUGUACACUGGGUCCAGGCGGUGGGCUGGUGCAACAACAUCGCCUGGAAUGUGGGACCACUCAACUCCUACCAAUAUCAACUCGCCCUGGAGCGCUUUGAGUGGAAUGAGGUGAAGAAGGUUAAGUCAAUCGUUCCCAUGAUCCACGUUUCCUGGAAUGUGGCUCGCACCAUCAAGAUCAACGACCAGGAUACCUUCAAGAUGAUCAAACACUGCCUGAUGCAGUCCAUGAAGCACAUCCAAAUUCUGCGAGACCAGCUGGUUGCUGCAGGGAAGAAGAUCUGUUACCAGAGUCGUGUGAAGGACGAGCCAGCCUACUACUGCAAUGAGUGCGACGUGGAGGUGUUCGACCUUCUGUUUGUGACCAGUGAGAACAGCAGUAAGAAGUGCUACGUGGUGCACUGUGAGCACUGUGCCCGGGCCAAGAGCCCAUCACUGGCAGGGGUAGUGGUGCUGGAACAGUAUCGGAUAGAGGAGCUGAUGAAGACCUACGACAGUUUCAUGCUGGCUCCAUCACCCUUUUCAAAGUGAGGACUCCUCGCUGGUGUCGUUCAGCCAUAACCAAAACUCUAAUGGCAGCACAAAUGUUGUCUUCAAGGCAAUCUAUUCCUGAAAAACACUCUCUGAAUCAGCCAAUCACGUUUACUCAGUAUUGUUUACAUCACACAAUAAGGUAUGGAUACUCAACCAAUCCAACUAUAGCUCACUGUCUUCCCCAUACCAGCUGCCGAUUGGACGUGUGUUUUGAAAUAGAAUGACUAGACUGGUACUUCUCAUGAAAAGCAUUUCAGAUGUGUACGAAAAAAGGAAAAAAAAAAAAUAAUGUGAGCACUGCUAGCACUGAAAAUCAGGUUAUAUGUUCAACGGACUCAGCUGUGAUUCAAAAGCGUCAAGUAGCCGGUUCUGUGUAUUAAUUCAGGUACUUUUAUGCAAAUUCAGUAGAACUUUUUUACACCAAUCUAGUUAUUCUAUAUGUCCAUGAAUUUGCUGUGAUUCUGUUGUACCAGCAGGGGAAUGGCUUCACAGGAGAAGUAGCUGAUUGUCACAUUUGGCAUUGUAUUGGUUCCUGUUUUUGUUUGGUAUUCAGGUGAACUCUGACACUUGUAAUUCCUGUCUGUAUACUCUUUGAGGUGCUAUUCCAAUCUUAUUUAUUCUCGUUAGAUACUUAAAAAGUUUUACCAGCCUAGAAGUACACCACAUUGGCCUUGCAAACAGUAUUUAGAGGAGAGGUAAUUAGUGGUUUAAACACACACAAAUAAGGUUUUAUGUAAGUGUUAAAAAAAACAAUCAAAAACUUUUAUCAGUUUCUCUAAAAUACGGGUUUACUAGAGGACUAAUAUGGCUUCAUUCUUAGUUGGAAAUCAAGUAUGUAGAUGGAAAAGUUGCUCUUUUGUUUUGCUUGUUUUUUCACAAGUCCAGCUAAAUAGUUGUUGGUGUGGUUUCUUUGAUACACCCAGAAAACAGACAUACUUUGUUUUUUUUAUCUUUGGAAUGGGAUAACAAUCCCAGUUUUAUACCUCUUUGUUGCUAUGUUCUUGUUUCUAGAUGACAGAGAAAAUAAAUUGUAAAUUGUGAAUGAAUUUAUGGGAUACACAGUGGUGUGCAUAGACGUGGUACAGAGAAGGGGAAGUUACCAUUGAUGUUUGUUUCAAUGAAGUGCCCGUUACAGUCUGCAAAAAGUAAUAUGUCCAAAGAGACACACAAUCAUAAUCUUUGUAAUGCAAAAGCCAAUGAGGGCAAGCAGAUGACAGGACUGAAGGGCACCUCUGAGUUUUCAUUUUGCCCCAAACAUUCGUCCUGAUGAGGCUCAUGCACUGCCAGGGGGUUUAGUCUAGUAUUUCCAGUUUUAAUAUGUUGAAGAGCACAUGAAUUGAGACAUGACAAGAAAGGCCCAGUCAUCAUUUUUAAAAAAACAACAUUUACACAGUCCUUCAAUAAAUGGUCUCAUUUUGGUGAGGUUUAGUCCAACCUUUGGCUUUAAAUGUUAUCAUAAUGCAAGGGUAGCAAACCGUAUACAGCUUCAGAGCAGAGCCUGACCGAUACUGGAUUUCUGAGGCCGGUACUGAGAUUGUUAUUUGAGAGUUUAAACAAAUCCAAUAACAAUACAUCGACCAAUAGCAUUUUUUCCCCAAAAAACACACAAAGUAAGCAAUUUUUAUAUGGAUCACUUAUAUUCGCUUUUUAAAAGAAAAGAAUAAUUGACCAAAAUACAUACACUGUAUUUUACAGUGUAACUUGUCAGUGCAUUCUGGUUGACAAGCAUACUGCUUCUAAAUGCAUCAGACUUGUUUGGCAUUUCUAUACUGCAAUUUCUUUUUACUUAUCAGCCAACAUACACACAUACCUGCAAUAAGCUAAUAUUGGACGAUAUAUCGGCCUGGCCAUUAUCAGUCUAGCUCUGCUUCAAAAGCUUUGGUUCCUACUUAAAAUCUGAUUAUCACUUAUCAUCACCUACCAUUUAAAUGGAUGUUCAGCAUCACUGCUCUACAAUCAUUCUGAUUAAAUCCUCACUAAUGACAUUUUUACCCCUGCCCUCAUCAGUCUCUGCACACCAUUUAAUGUACAUAAGGUAUCAAUUUUCAGGUUUACUAGAAGACUUAUGUAGUUUUUCUCAAUCGAAAAUCUAAUUUGUAUAUGGUCAAAUUUGUCCACUUCAGUCACUUGUUUUUGUUGUUGCUGUAUUAUAAUACACCCUAAAAAUAUCCUGUUUUACUCUAGUUAAAAUUACUGCAAUGGGAAUUUCUUCCCACUUUUAUACCUCUUUUUGUUGUCAGUUUCUGGUUUUUGGAUUACAGAGAAAAUGGAAAAUUGUAAAUUGUGACAUUAUUUAUACUGUACAUGGUUGUUUUCCUAUAUAUUUAUUGCAUAUCAAAUGGUACUUCACUUGAUAAGGGGCUACAAGGUAUUUUAAAUGUAGUAUGGUCAUAAUGUGCGGAUAGGGGAAGUGCAAUCAGGGGGUGGUUUAAUUUUCAUGGUGCUAGACCCCUCCUUGCCUCUAUGCCCCCCCCAUUAAACAGCAUAAUGAUGUAUGAACAUGAGUCAGUUGUACAACUCAAACCAACCGGUUGGUGCUUAGAACCAUUUCACCACAAUUACUUGUAACAAGAAUGGAAUGAUGUCUUUGUACUGUAUCUAACAGAUAAGAUCUUUUAAACCUUUUUUGCUCCAUUGUAUGAAAUGCAUAAUCUUGUGAGGCAUUAGUGGUUUUAUGAUGAGCAUUAGAAGUAGUUGUAAUUCUUGACACUUUUGCAGAGACUUUUAGGGAUGUGACAUUUAAUGACGUCAAAGUUUUGUUUUUUUUGUGUGUCUUGUCCUCAUUAUUAGUAUUAUUUGAAGGGUGUAAUAAUGCUCUCUUUCCUCUCGACUUGUUUGAUUUAUGCUGCACUGUUGUUUCAAAAAGAACUUGCAUAGAAGAAACCCUGAGCCAGACCUGUCUUAAAUCCCUCUGUGAUUUUUCUGUGACAUAUUGUAUUGUUGUUCAAGAAAAUAAAAUGUUUUGAUAAAUUAUUCAA